AUGAGGAUAAGUGUUUGCAUUGCGCCGGCAGGCUCCUGCCGCCGUCCCACACAGAUCGUACAGAGCUUCACACCCCCCUUGCUUAUGCUCCUCCUGCUCCUGAGCAGCAGCAGCAGCAGCAGCAUCGGGGCCAUCCCCUCUGCCUUCAAUCUGGCCCCGGACACCCCAGCCCCGGCCGAGCCCACCCCGACCCAGGCCACGCCUCGCCCGGACCCCUGCGAGGGACGACCCUGCCUCAACGGGGGGUCCUGCCUGGCCCUUCCAUCUGCUGGCAGGCCAGAGGACACCUGGGAGUACACCUGUACGUGCAGCGAGGGCUUCACAGGACGCAACUGUGAGUUUUUCACAGACCCGUGUGCCAGCAGCCCCUGUCUCCAUGGAAACUGCAGUCGGAGCGAUGGCGGGGAGGAGGGGGAGCCGGCCUACACCUGUGAGUGCACUGAAGGCUAUGAGGGGGAGAGGUGUGAUCAGAUCCUAUUGGACCUGCCAGCUGCCGACUGGGACCCCGCCACCCCCUCCGCUCCUGAACUGGCCACCCCCGUCGCCUCCACCACCACAGCUGCCACUCAGCCGCCACAGCCAACCACCAUCCCAUCCACCACAACGCCGCCAUCUCCCACUCUGCAGCCAUGGCAACCCAAACCUGGGCAAAGGCUGCUGGUGGUGCCGUGGGAGGCAGACAGGGUGACGGAGGGUCUGCACUGUGUGAGUCCUGAGCUGUGUGAGCUGACAUCAGGAACUCUGACUCUGUCUCUGGAAGUGCCUGAAGAGACGGCUGUAAAGGUGGUGGUGAACACCAGUGGAGCUCCAGUGCUGUGGCGUGUGAAUGAAGAGGGUUUCCUUCGUUCCUCCAUUUUGAACGGCACUACGAUGUGGUUCCUGCAGGCCCCUGAUGGACUGGUGGUGCCAGACCACUCACUGCCCCUGGGACAGAACUACUUCCUCAGUGUGUUGCGCGUGGGCGCCCCCACAGCCCCGGAGGUCACCCUGCGUCUCAACUUGACAUUGAAAGCCAGCAGCUGUGUGGAGCCGGGGAGCAGCUUCAGUGACCCUCAGUGCUCUGGGAAAGGCAAAUGUAUCACACAGCCCUCUGAGAGCACUUUCUUCUGUGAGUGUGAAGACAGCUACACUGGAAUCUUCUGUGAGGAAUUUGAUGCCUGCCACCGCCGACCUUGUCGCAACAAUGGCACAUGCACCGAUGUUAGACAGGGGGGUGAAGGACGCAACUUCACGUGCACCUGCCCACCAGGUUAUGAAGGGGAGCACUGCCAGUUGCUGGUUGACCACUGCCUUUCUCAGCCCUGCAAGAAUGGAGCCACAUGCUUCAGCAGCCUGGCCGGGCCCAGGUGCUAUUGUCCCGAAGGCUACCAGGGUGCUACGUGUGAGCAGAAAGUGGACCCGUGUGCCUCCAGCCCCUGUCACAAUAACGGGACAUGCUACGCCCAGGGCCCUGGCCCCCUGGGGUUCGGCUGUAGCUGCACAGCAGGCUUCACCGGCCCUACAUGUGCCCAGCUGGUGGACUUCUGUGCCCUAAACCCCUGCGCCCACGGGGUCUGCCGCAGCGUGGGUAACAGCUACAGGUGUAUGUGUGUCCCAGGCUACCAUGGCUUGUACUGUGAAGAGGAGUACAAUGAGUGUCUGUCUGCCCCCUGCCAGAACUAUGCCACCUGUAGGGAUCUCAUCAAUGCCUAUGAGUGUGUCUGCACACCACAGUUUGAAGGCAGACACUGUGAAAUAUACAAGGAUCCAUGUCUGAAGAUGCACUGCCAGAAUGGAGGCCACUGUGAGAGUGCAGGACUCAAUGUUUCCUGUGCCUGCCCACCUGGAUACCUGGGGGAAAAGUGUGAGGUCGACAUUAACGAGUGCGAGAGCAACCCUUGUCACCAUGGAGGAACCUGCGUUGACCAGUCAAAUGGCUUCACCUGUCACUGUCCACCUGGGUGGGUGGGGCCCAGCUGUGAGAUCCACCUGCAGUGGAAGCCAGCACAACACACUGAGGACACCCUGACCAACAUGCCCCGCCACUCCCUCUAUAUCAUCAUCGGAGCGCUGUGUGUGGCCUUUGUUCUCAUGCUCAUCAUCCUCAUCGUGGGCAUCUGCCGCAUCAGCCGCAUCGAGUACCAGGGUUCGUCGCGCCAUGCCUACCAGGAGUUCUACAACUGCCGCAGCAUUGACAGCGAGUUUAGCAAUGCCAUCGCCUCCAUCCGCCACGCCAGAUUUGGCAAGAAGGCCAGGCCUGCCAUGUACGAUGCCACUCCCAUCGCCUAUGAAGACUACAGUCCUGACGACAAGCCCUUGGUUACCCUCAUCAAGACGAAGGAUUUGUAAAACACAACCAUCCCCAACACAUCACAAGCUGUACACUGAUGUACACAUGUGCAUACACCCCACACCCACACACACACACACUCUCACACACACACACACACACACACACACACACACACACACACACACACAUAUAUACAGAAACUCAGUAUAAAUCUUGAAGAAUUUCUUAAGAAAAAAAAUAACAGCAAAAGAAAAUUGAAUGUAAAUUGGAGAAAGAAAAUCCAAUACUCUGUAGUUUAAAAAAAAACUAAUCUGGAUUUUGAUACAUCUAUUUUCCUGUCGAAGUCCACAAUAAGGCUUUAUUGUAGCAUAAGAGCAUACUUUGCAUUACUUAAGUUAUUGAUGAUGAGCGACACUACCAGUAACCCCUGCUGUACAAGAGUGAUGACUUUAGUCUGCACCAGACUGUCUGUCUGUCGGCAGGGCCAGAAACCCACAAGCCUAAAUUUCUAAAGUAUAAACUCAGCAGACAAUGCUGACGGCAGUCCUUGCAGGUGUGGUAGAAAUAGUUGCACUCCUCUAGGUGCAUACACUGUAUCUUUUUCUAUAUCUAAAAAACAAUCUGCUGUAGGUUGCCUUACCUUGUGCAUGGUUAGAUUAGAUGUUAUCUCUGCAUUAUUUUAAAAAUCCUUUGUACUUGGUUGUUGUUGUUUUCUUUCAUUGCAGUUGUAUUUCUCUCUGUCAAGAUUGUGCCAAAUAUUUUUGUUGUUGUUGUAAUUUGUGGUUAGUAGAUCUAAUACACACAUGUAUAAAAUACUAGUCACACACAUUUCCUUUUUAACGAUACAUAUUGUCCUGUUCUUUACAUGCAAGUUUCUCAGUGGUGUAUGAAUAGUAAAGAAAGUGGGUUUACUGAAGUACUGUGUGACCCUACCAUCCUACUGUAUGUAUUUCAGUGAUAUUUAGGAUAAUGGGUAGGUAUUUUUCUCAAUGCACAGAAAAAUAGUUGGUUUUACUAAGUGUACCUGUUUAUGCCAGUGUACAAAUUAACCUCUAGUAUUGACAGUGUUGAAUAGUUUCUGGGUGAGAGUGUCUUUGCUAGCUUUAGGGAGGAGAGGGAAGAGGAGAUUGAGAGGGACGAUAUCUACUCCAGAAUAUAUGUGCUUCUAUGUCCUGCCAAUGGAAAACUCUCUGUCUGUGCAGCUGUGUUGUUCCUCCUAAGGUCAAGCAAUGUUUUACCAAUAGGCUCAGCUAAUCUUCCUUUUUUUCUCUCAUUUUAAACACAGCGACCACAUGAUUACCUAGUAUCUAUGUUGAGUGAUAUAAACAAUAAAGAUUCAAGUGAACAUAACCUUAA